GUGGAAAUGGAGGUCGAAGAAAUUGGAGGAUCUGAGCUCAAAAGAAGAAAACAGGCUCAGAUGGAUAAGGAAUCAGAGCAGCCAUCUUCUAUCUACCAGGGAGAAAUCACUAUGGUAUCUCCAAAUGUUAUUUACCCGUCAAAAAGUUGGCUGUUUCCGGCAUUACUCCUCUUUAGGGUCAUUAAUGCUGUGAUGAUCCAAACAUUUUUCGUCCCGGAUGAAUUUUGGCAAGGACCCGAAGUAGCCCAUAGAGUUGCAUUUGGAUAUGGAUAUUUGACGUGGGAAUGGAAAGAGGGUCUUAGAGGCUGGACUUAUCCUUUGAUCUUUGCAACAAGCUACAAGUGCUUAGCCCUAUUUGGGAUUGACACCGCCAAGUUCCUUGUUGUCAUUCCCAGGGUGUUGCAGGCAUGUUUUGCGUCGUGUGGCGACUUGUUUUUGUACAAAUUAGCAGCAAAGAGGUUCGAUGUACAAACUGCUCGAUGGACACUUAUCUGCUACUUGAUCUCGUGGUUUACACUUUACUGUGUGACUAGGACGCUGACAAAUUCCCUAGAAACCGUGUUGACAACAGUAGCACUUUAUUACUGGCCUUGCGGCAGCAAAAAAGAUGGCUUUAAACAAGUGUUCAAAGCUCUCUGUAUUGCAGCGUUUUCUUGUACUAUCAGACCAACAGCUGCAGUCAUGUGGAUUCCAUUGUGUGCUUUUUAUUUAUUUUCAUCACCAAACAAAUUAUCAUUUAUUAUUAACUGUAUUUUUCCCAUUGGAUGUCUGGCUAUUUUAUGGUCCCUCAUUGUGAACAGUUGGUGUCAUGGCACAUGGACACUGGUGGAACUCAACUUCAUCAAAUUUAAUGUUAUUAAUGAUAUGGGAACAUUUUAUGGAAGUCAUCCAUGGCACUGGUAUUUCACCCAAGGAUUUCCUGCUGUGAUGUUUACACACUUGAUUCCAUUUGUUGGUGGUGUUUACAAAUCUUCCCAAAGGCAGCAAACCUUGACUUUUCUAAUCUUGUGGAGCAUCGUUGUCUACAGUUUCUUGGGACACAAGGAGUUUAGGUUCAUUUUUCCAGUGGUCCCCUUAGCCAUGUGCUACUGUGGUUUCUUUCUAAGCUUCCUUUCUGGGUAUCAGUGUGAGAAAAAGGAUCAUGCAUUUAGUAGUGGUUUUUCAAGGAAGAUGAAAUCUGGUUGGAAAGCAAAGAUAAUGGUACUAUUUCUAGUGCUAACAAACAUUCCAUUGGCUAUAUACACUAGCACUGUUCACCAAAAGGGAACUACUGAUGUCAUGGAGUACAUUCAAAUUGAAAGCUCCAAACUGAGAAGUGCUAAUGACAUGUCUGUAUUAUUUCUGAUGCCAUGUCACUCGACACCAUUUUAUAGUUUUGUACACAGAAACAUAAGCAUGAGGAUAUUAGAAUGUCCCCCAAGUGAUGAGGCAGGGUACAUUGAUGAAGCUGAUCUGUUUUACAGAAAUCCCACAAUGUGGCUAUCAGAAAAGUAUGGACUCUCUUCAGGUCAUCAGGAUCAGCUUCAAUUUCCUACACACAUUGUCCUGUACAAUGUGCUUUUACCCGAUGUAACAAACUGGUUGGGAAAUUUUAAUUUCAAAGAGUGUGCAAGAUUCUUUCACACCCAUUUCCCAGAGGGUCGCAUUGGAUCUGAAGUAUUGGUGUACUGCCAUCAGAACACAUAGCUAACAUCAUA